UUUCAUUUUUCAUUUGCUAGUUUUUACAAAAUAGACAAUUAUGCUUUUCAAUCUAAAAUGAGGGAGACAAUACAUAAAGAUGGUUCUCGAAUGUUCAUGUGUUAUUUUCUUAACAUUUAGUGCUAUGCUACAUGAUGUCCUUGGUAGAUUAUUUGCAACCUUGUUAAGUUAUGGUUUCAUGCUGCAGGCUGUUAAGGCUGCUAAGACUGCAGCAAAGAGCAUUGCGGAUAUGCAGAACGUGGUUAAGGAGGACUUAGAAUCUUUGAAGGAGGAUGAUAUGGAAAGAUCUGCAGUUCAAGGAGAAAGUGAAGAUGAGAAUGAUAAACGGCGUAAGGCUGCUUUGGAUAAAUUGGAGAAGGCUAGUGAAGAUACAAUCCUUGGCCAGGCAUGUCACAAAUAUGAGAAUUUAAAUAAAUUGUAUCUUGGGUUUUUCUUUUCUUGGAUUUCAGAGGUGCAUAAUUUCCUUAUUCAUACCCUCCAUAUUUGUUUACAGAGGUCAUUCGUCCUUUAAACUCUCUCUCCUUAAACUUGUGUUGGUCCCGUCAAUCCAUGAUUCUGGGAGGAUGGACUGUGUACUGAAUUGGGCUUUACUUUUUUUUUUUCCUGUCCUCAAAUUUCUAUCUCAUUCUUUUUUGAGUUAAAAAUUAAAAUGGGGCACUAGUUCUACCUCCGACUACGCAACCUACCUCUUUUUCUGCUACUCUUUAUUCUCUUGGAUCUUAUGACUAAAUUUGUUUGGUAAUUGUUUCUUGGGGUUACUGUCUAAAAUAUUGUAUGUGAUGGUUAUGGGUUGCAUUUGACAAAUUCUUGGGGUGUACUUUCGUUUAGUUGAGUUGCUUUAAUUCAUUUCAAAGUGUCAGUUUUACUUAUUUAUUAUUAAGCCCUUUUUGGUGCAGCUUAUGGUGGUGUUUAUGGUUUUUCUCUUCUUUUUUUAUUUUGAGAGUUUGUGCUAGUGUGUUUGGUGUAGUUUUUUUUUGUUUACAAUUUAUAAGAAAAAAAAAUGACUUAAUAAAUUGAUUAUUGGGAAGGUGAAAGGG